AUGACCAGCUUGUCUCCUGCCGUGGACCCUGCAAACGGCAGUAUGGGGUCCACACCCGAACAUCCCAUGGUCCCUAACGUCUGUGCAACUUCUCAACAUGACCCCCAGCCAGCUCCGGAACCAGACUUGGAUCCAGACCCGUCUCCUGGGCCUCCUCUGGUCCCUCCACCCCCACCCCCUCCACCUCCUCCGCCCCUGCAGGGUCCCAGUCUCCCCGGGGCGCCACACAACUCGCGCAAGAAACGCAGAGUGAGGAGUUUCUUCUGGAAGACGAUCCCUGAGGAGAAGGUUCGGGGGAAGCCGAACAUCUGGACCUUGGCGGUGAGACAGCACCAGUACCAGAUCGAUGUGAGAACAGUGGAGGAGCUCUUCGGACAGCAGGACGACGUCAGGAACCAGGCUGCGAGUGGAACCCAAUCCCGACCUGGCAGAACCAGAAGAUCCUUUAAAGAGAACAAAGAUGAGAUCAGUAUCCUGGAUUCCAAGCGAGGGAUGAACGUGGGUAUCUUCCUGAAGCAGUUUAAGAAACCCAACCAGGCCAUCGUGGAGGACAUAAGACAGGGUAACGGUAAACUGUACGGAUCAGAACCACUGAAGGAGCUGCUCAAACUACUGCCCGAGGAGGAGGAGGUGAAGAGACUGAGGGAGUUUAAAGGAGACUCCAGUAAACUGACUCUGGUGGACUCUUUCAUGUACCUGCUAAUCCAGGUGCCACGUUACGAGGUGCGUAUCGAGGCUAUGGUUCUACAGGAAGAGUUUUUCCCGUUGUGUGCUGUGAUGAGCCGGGAGAUCAGCGUCGUACACAGUGCCACAGAGGAAUUAAUGACCUGUGAGGAGCUUCAUGCCAUCCUGCACUUAGUACUUCAGGCCGGAAAUAUCAUGAACGCAGGAGGCUAUGCAGGAAACGCAGUUGGGUUUAAGUUGUCCUCUCUCCUCUCGCUGGCCGACACCAAAGCCAACAAACCGGGCAUGAAUCUGCUGCAUUUCGUGGCUCUGGAAGCGCAGAAAAAGGAUGAGUCUUUGCUGAGGUUUCCGGAGAAGCUCUCACAUGUACAGAGCGCAGCCAGGAUUUCUGUGGAGAACAUUGAGGCUGACUUCUCCUCCCUUUACGUCAGGAGCAAAUCUCUGGAGGAGAAGAUCCAGGGUGACUCAGAGCUCCUGGAACAGCUGGGAGACUUCUUGCAGAGCUCAGCUCAGACCCUGCUGGACCUGAAGAGACGCAGACUGGACCUGCGAAAAGAGGGCAACGCACUGAUCGACUUCUUCUGUGAAGACAAAGACACGUUUAAGCUUGAUGAGUGCUUCAGGAUCUUCCAGGAUUUUUGCCUCAAGUUUAAGAAAGCUGUGAAGGACAAUGCGGACCGGGAGCUGAAAGAAGCCGCCAGGCAAAGACGCCUGCAGGAGCUGGAGGAGCGACGCUCUGCCUGGGCCGCCGCAGGCGGCGACCAGGGCGGCGGUGGAGGUUUCGGCCGGAGCAGCAGCGAGAACGACGUGGACACGCUCACUAAAGACGGCCUCCUGGACUUCCUGCUUCAGACACGGCCACACAGCCCCCACAGCCCUGUGGGACGUUCUGCCAGCGCACGCAGGCACCGGCACACGACGGGCGACCGGAACCUCCGCGGGUUCAUCGAGCUUUUCGGGGGUUCGGGUACCCCUGACUACGCCAAGUUCAGCAGCCUGCCGCGCUCGAGUCGGCCGCUCCAGCGGAAGACGAUGGCUUGGCUCGUUUCACAAGAUGAUAACAGAGAACUUGAACCUCAGACUCAGUUACAGCAGGAGAGAGUGGCAACUUCACCCAAAGCAGAGACUGAACCAAUCAGCCCCUUGGCCAGAUAUUCAACGUCAGGCUAUAACGUGAAUGACGAUCUGUCUAACAAUAACAGCUAUGCCUGUGUGUCCGAGGGCGCCCAGACGCCUCGAUUCGGCAACACCCGGAAUGUCUUUCAGAAGACUCCUGGCCAGGGGCUGGGGCACCUAAAUGUGAAUGUGGAGAGGCACAUGCUGGUCCCUGGGCUUCCACCGUUUGAGCUACCCGGCCCGAACAGCAAGACUGGCCGAGUGCACGUUGAUAAUGAGGGAGAUGUCUUUGUUACAGAUUUGGAGCAGAAAAGAGAUCGUCCCAGAACACUUUUGUUGGACACUCCUCCAUCCAGUAAGGGCUCAGAGGAAGCACCAAAGCCUAUGGCAGCCUGGGGUGCGGAUGACAAAUUAGCCUUCCCACAACACGAGGAGGAAGAGGACGCUAGCACUGUCUCCUCGACAACCUGUGACACACCCUUGCCUCUCGAUACCUCUGUGUCCAGUAAGAAACCCGUUUGUUACAUUCUUGACUGCACUGAGACUGACUGCUCUGUCAUGUUGGACUGCUCAGAGAUUGAAAGUUCGCCUGUGGCCCGAGAGGGCCCGGUAUGUGAACCAAAAGUCUCGGACAGCAAUGUCCAGGGCACCAUCCUUCCGGAUCCAAGUUCCCUUUCUUCCCACUUGGAAUCCAUGUCCACCAAUGACCUCACAGUGUCCACAUCCACUGAGGAGCACCUCGUGCCUAAGCCUGCAGAGGAACGGCCAGAAUCUGUCACCCCAUCCAUCACCACAGACGAAGCAGAUACAGACAGCUGUGACACAGCUGAGGGCCGGAGGGUGGACGAGAAGGCAGUUCAGACCAGCAACCCAAAACUGGCCCAUUCCAAAGCCAAAACCCAGCCGAAGACCACUGCUACCAGGACCGGUCGGACCGCGAGAACCCUCACCUCAACGGAGUCCCACAACAUGCGCAAAGUCGUGCCCAUUACCAAGCUUAGCCGGUCCAACAGCAACGCGAAGAAAGCAGAGAGACCAUCCGGGCAGGAGAGCACGGAGCCAAGACGCCCACUCCGAGACCAGAGCACACCAGCCAGAAGAGGAGAGAGGCAGACAAGACCACCACGCCACUCCAGCCUUCCACCAGAAGAGCCCAAAGCGCAAAGGGGAACAACCUUCGGCAGUGGGUUCUCCCACUGGAUGAGGGAUACCACCUCACGCAAGCCUUCCUUCCGCAAACCGAACGCCAAACCCAUACGUAACAUACCAAAACCAGCUCACGAGGAGAAGAUGUGUCGCUCCACCAUGAGAGCUUUGGCUCAAGCUCAGGCACAGGCAGCCGCUGAGGGCAGUGCUCCCCAGACGCCAACUCACGGCGUAAAGCUGCAGUCACCUGUGCCCAGCUUUGCCCGCAACACUGUGGCAUCCUCCUCCAGAACAAAGAAGGAUCCACCCUUACAACCCAGCCCAAGCACCCCGUCAAAGAGUUCCACCCUCUCUAGGACUGGCUCUCAAAAGCAGCCCUCUGGUCGAGCAGACACUCUCGGCGUCGGGCACUUGCCUCGGGGUGAGGAGAAACCUCAGGGGUCACUCAGGAGAGUGCAGAGUGUCCGAGUGUCUAGCCGAAACACCCAACGCGGCGACACCCCGCCGCCUCCGCGUCGAGAGCGUUCCCGUAAGAGUAGCAGCUUUUCCGAGAAAUCUAUCCAAUUGAGAGACUCCAUUUCCAGCAGAUCCAUCAAGCCCUCGUGGAAGUAG